CACUUAGCAAAUUAUAAUGAUUCAGUAUUAUCGACUCAACCACGCAUUUGUUUGGUAUGUUGUGUUUUUUAUUACGUUUAUGAUGCAUAGCUCGGCAGAAGACGAUGUCAAUAACGGUAACGAAGUUGCAAAAGAAGUGGAGAAUGUCAAAAAGAUUUCGGAACCGCUAUUAGCCGGGAAACUGGCUAUUGUCACUGGUGGUGCGAGUGGGAUCGGCCGAAGUGUCUGCCAGGUGCUGGACCGUGAGGGUGCAACGGUGGUCGUAGCCGACAUAAAUGACACAGGAUCGGCCGAAACCAUCAAACUCCUGUCAAGAGAAAGAAAUCACACGGCAAUUCAUACCGAUGUUACAAUUAAGGAGAAUGUCACAAAUCUUUUUCAACAAGUCGCCAGCUCCUACGAGAUGUCCCUCAGCAUUGUUGUUAACAGCGCUGGUAUCGUUCACAAUGCAUUAGGCGUGGAAAAUGUACCGGAAGCUGUCUUCGACAAGGUGAUUGGUGUCAAUUUGAAGGGUACUUACCUUGUUACAAAAGAAGCUGUGAGAUUGAUGCUGCAGAAGAAUGCUACAGGCAGGGCCAUUCUAAACAUUGCCAGCGUGUCUGGCAAGGGCGGCUACCCGUUCCUGAGUGCCUAUUCGGCUUCGAAGGGCGCCGUCAUCUCCUUUACCAAAUCUGUGGCGUUAGAAGUUGCGCUCAAAGGAAUUCGCGUGAACGCUAUCCUACCUGGUUACACGGACACACCCAUGACACAGAGUACCCCCAACGCCACCAAACAGCGCAUAAUUUCGACGAUUCCAAUGAAGCGGAUGGCAACAGCGCUUGAAAUUUCCGAAACUAUUGUCUUUAUGUGCGGCCCGAGGAGCACGUACAUGACAGGAUCCAGCGUCCUAAUGUCUGGAGGCUCCUACCUUUAA